AUGUCCUCCUCGUCCUCCUCCUCCUCCGCGCGGUCGUCCGGGACGGUCGUCCUGGAAGAAACUCGAACCAUCGUCGUGGAAACUUUACGUUCGGCCUUAUUUUCUUCUUCUUCUGAUGAUGAUGGGAAGAAGAUGAGUUUUUUUUCUUUGUUGAAUUCUCCCCAACGUUUUAUGAUGAAGAAGGACGAGAAGAUGUUAUUCCGCGAGCCUUCGCUCGAUGUGGACGUCAAAGUCGUCUGCGUGCUGUCCGUGGCGUUGUUCGUUUUGAACAAAACGGUGAAAGUGUUCCUGGUGGAACCGAUCGCGCGGAAGUGUUUAAAUUCGUCCUCGUUGGGCGAAGAAGAGGACGAUAAGAAAAAUAAGAAGAAGACCAAGAGGAGGAAGGAGAGGAUGAUGAAAAAAGCGGUGCAAAAGUUCUCGCAAUCCGCGUUAGAGGCUAUGAUUUAUCUGAGUUUUUUUCUCCUCGGCUUGCGAAUCGUGAAGACGCAGCCGUGGUUUUGGCCGUCGUUUAACUGGUGGAAAAAUCAGACGAGCGAUUCGCGAACGUCGGCGGAUUUUAGAGGGUAUUAUUUGCUGUACGUGGCGAGGUACGUGGCGGAGAUAAUUUCAGUCGGAUUAGAGUACGACAGGAAAGAUAAGAGGGAGAUGCUGUUGCAUCACUUCUCUACGGUGUUUUUGAUCGGGAUAUCGUACGCGUACGGGUUCACGAGAGUCGGGGGGAUAAUCAUGUUGUUGUUGGACCCGGCGGACGUGCCUUUGCACGUGGCAAAGUUGUUCAAGUACGUCGCGGACGCGAGGAAGAUCGAGUUGAAUAAAAAGAGGAGCGGUAGAAGUAAUAAUAAUAGGGCGAUGGCGACGCAAAGAGCGAUUACAGUCGGGAAGCGGUGUCAGUUUAUGGCGGACGUUUUGUUCGGGGUGUUUAUGGUGACGUUUUUUAUCACCAGGUUGGUCAUGUAUCCUUACGUCGUUUACAGCUCGCAUUUCGAAUGCAGAAAGUUUGUGAACGUGGAAAGGAAUUUGGCGUUACUGAUUGGGUAUUGGUCGUGCAUAGUUUUGUUGUACAUAGUCUUGGCGUUGCAGGCGUAUUGGUUUUAUUUAAUUUUGAAAGUAGCGAUUAAAGUCGUCACGAAAGGCGAGGCGGAAGACGUGAGAAGUGACGACGAGGGCGAGGACGAAGAUGAGGACGAUACCGAAGAUUCCGACGAUGAGAACGAGUUAGAAGGGAAGAAGAAAAAGUAA